AUGAAGUGGACUUUACUGCUUCUGCUUUCUUUUCCUUGUGCCGAAUGCGUGCUGCCGACUGGCAUUUUAUCUUUGAAUCUACUGCCCGAGUCACAACACGAGUCCCAACCUUUAAAGAAGCAGUUCUGUUCGCCGAGUGCGGCGGCUGGAUGGGGUGUCGCUCUGCCUGCCCGCGUUGACUCGCACUGGAAGACACUGACGCAAUUACCCGAGGAAAAUCGUGAUGGAUGCGCGUCAUACAAACUUCACGAUGACGCGGAGACGUCGACAGAUGGUCAGAUGGUUGUUGUUGACCGAGGAAAUUGUUCGUUUGUCGCUAAAGCGCUUCAAGCGCAAGCUGCGGGGGCUAAGGGAUUAAUUAUUCGAGGUACCAAGAAAGCAGUGUACGAGGCUGUAGCGAGUCGUAAUAGUACAAACUCUAGUACAAGUACGUUACAUAAUGUCGAGACAGGAAAAGCUACAGCUGCUACGAGUCUGGAAUCACUUGACAAGCCAGUGUUUGAGUACGACUGCCGUCGAGGUCAAGCAUUCGUGGAUAAGCUAGCGACUCCCGUGUGGCAAACAGAUGCAGAAGAGUGCAAGGGUAAUAUCAGGUGUUUGUCCAGAUCGUGUGUGUUGACGGGACACAAGAGUGAUGCGAAACACCAGGUGUGCUGCUUGUGGGACACGUUCGUGCUCAUGGGCGCUCCGAACCAAACGGUGGUCAAAACAUUGACGAUCCCAGUGGUCUAUGUGACCAUUGCUAAUGGACAAGAACUUCAGAAGGCCAUGGACAAGUACUCGACGUCAUUGGUAGCACGUACGUAUCGACGGGAAUUGCCCGUCAUUGACGUGUCGUCAAUGCUGCUGUGGGCACUUGGAGUGGCGACUGCACUUGGAGCGGCUUACUAUUCCAUAGGUCCGCAGUAUCGUCAGAAUGGCAACAUUGCAGCAUCUGACCACCAGAACCUGCAUAAUGAGCAGGAUGCCCGCGAGGAGGAAGAUCGGGCCAUGCGCAACGAAGUUUGGGAACUUGAUGCCAGACAUGCAGUGGGCUUCAUUGCUCUGGCUGGAGUUUUCUUGACGGUGUUGUACUAUGUGAAUAUUGGUAAUGCCAUUCCUGUUCUUUUUGCGGUGUUCGGUGCAGCUUCUAUGACGCACGUGGUUGCAAAGCCUGGAGUGGAAAAGUUUAUGCCGAGUUCAGCUUCUUACGAAGUUACCUUACCAUUGGUAGGCGACACUGUUCGCUUAUCUGAGUUGCUUGGAUUCGUGCCAAGUUGUGCAAUUGCUAUUGUGUGGUUUCUUCACCGGCGUACGUAUUGGGCAUUUCAAGAUAUUAUGGGAAUUUGUCUUUGCUUCGUGUUCCUACAAACGGUGCAGUUACCGAAUCUUAAGGUAGCUACGGUGUUCCUCACGCUUGCAUUCUGCUACGACGUUUUCUUCGUGUUUCUAUCACCUCUUUUUUUCGGCUCGAGUAUUAUGGAAGACGUGGCUACUGGUGGACCAGCAGCGUACACGAAAAGAGACUAUCCGGGCGUGGACUACUGCGAGAGAUACCCAGAAUAUCCGGCUUGUGUAGACCCCGAGCCUAUGCCGAUGCUUCUUGUGUUGCCGCGCAUACUGGAAUGGACUGGAGGUGUGAGCAUGCUUGGUCUUGGCGACAUUAUUUUGCCAGGCAUGCUUCUAUCGUUCACGCUACGAUUCGAUUACGCCCAGGGUUUGACAAACUACUUUCGUCUUAUGGCCGUUGGCUACGCUGCCGGCCUAGGGCUCGCCAACCUGGCAGUUAUAAUCACGGAAAUGGGUCAACCAGCACUCAUGUAUCUAGUGCCAACCACUUUAGGUUUGCUUAUCGUUGCGUCGAAGAGAAAUGGUGAUUUUCGCGCUAUGUGGACCGGUGAUGAAGUUGACAAGAAGAGACGAAAUAAUGAAGGUCUUGGAUAUCAAGCUGUUGCAUCAGAGGAAACGUCUACAGGAAUUGUGAUUGGUGAUGUGAUGGGGCACGAGUAA